AUGGGUCAAGGCAGUGGCAACGAUGACCUAUCGCUUCCUAAAGCGACGGUCCAGAAAAUCGUUAGCGAGAUCCUUCCUCCGGCCACUGGUCUCUCUUUCUCUAAGGAGGCUCGUGACCUGCUCAUAGAGUGCUGUGUCGAGUUCAUCACCUUAGUCUCGUCUGAGGCCAACGAGAUUUCGGAGAAGGAGGCAAAGAAAACUAUUGCUUGCGAUCACAUUACCCAAGCCCUAGAAACCUUGGGAUUCGGCGACUAUGUUCCCGCAGUUCUCGAGGCUGCUGCACAGCACAAAGAGACACAGAAGGUUCGCGAGAAGCGAGGUAACAAGUUCGAGGAGAGCGGUAUGACUCUGGAAGAGCUGGAGGAGCUGCAACGAAAGCAAUUCGAGGCGGCCCGUGAGCGCCACGCUUGA